CCACCUCCUUGUUUAUUUUCUUACAAUGUUUGCGGUUAAGUCAAGCGUAUUGAACCGACGAUUUUCAGCUGAAAAUGUAUUCUGUUCAGCUUUACCAAAAACAUGGUAAUUGUCUGUGCUAAAAGUUGACUGAACGCCAUUUUCUUUGAUUCAAAGUGAAAAAGAUUUUCUUCGCACUUGUCUCGAUUAAUGCUCCUGAUAAAAAAAUUAAAAUGAGUGAUCUUUUAAAAAUAGAAACAGUGAAUAUACUGAUGGGCGAUACCGUGAAAACUUCUGAAUCGCUCACAGAGGAAAACCAUGACCCGAAAUUGCAGGAACUAAUUACAAAAUGGAAUUUGAGCCCAUCAAUCUACGCCAUUCUCAUCCAACAUGGAUUCUCAGUUGAGUACCUGAAAGGAAUGGACGAUAGGUCGUUGGACGACGUUUUUUCAGUGGCCAAAUGGACCGGGCAUAAGUGUGCCCUUCGACAAAAGUUGGUUUUGUGGCAAGACAGCGUUUUAUACCAAACAGCAAGCACAUCAAGCGCACAACAAAAUUCGCCGGAGGUAAACACAGUGGAAGUCCCAAGAACAUUGCUAUCACAAUCAAACCAACUGAAACAUCGUCUAUUGCCGACUACAGUAACAACGGAAUUGUUCAAUGACAUUCUCAGUCGCAAUGAGAAAGGUAAAAUUGUUGUAAAACAUUUCCAUAAUCACCAGUGCCUCGAUGCUACCCAUAGAAAAUAUUUGGCUCACACGAUUGUCGAUUAUUACAUCGCCAACGAGCUGUAUUUUCCGUUACCUGACAUGGCCAAAUUUGCUCAACUUAUAGCUGCGCGUUUUACAACAGAGCUAGCGGUGAUCUACUAUAAUCCCCGGGACGCCAAAGCUGAUAAAAAACACCCAUCCGGAUUAAUCUACGAUCGCUUUCACAAUCGGAAUAAGAAAAGAUUGCUUAAGGUUCCUAAGGAAACUGAAAGCAAUUUUCCAGAAGCAAAGUAUGCUGCACUGCAUCUUUCUGAAGACGACAUCACAAAGCAAACAGUACUGAAGAACUGGCUUCGCAAUAACUUCGCUCCGGCUGAGGACGUUCAGAUUAAGUGGAAACAAUCAGUGUCAUUGCGUUUGCGUUCAAUUAUCAAUGAAGCUGAUAUUGAAAAGGCAGAUGUACUAUCUGAAUGGCCUAGAAUCCUCGAUGAAACUGGAUAUCUGUUGAUCGAUUCAGACUUUGAUUUUCUCUUCGGGAAUUCUGAGAAACUGUUCAACGAAUGGAAUGCAUUCUCCGGUAAUUUCUUGAACUACAUCCGAAGCAUCGAGAUAAAAGACGACCACUCACGACAGCUUCUCGACUCUCUAGCAGAUUUCCAUUAUCAAGAUAGUCGUGAUUUGGUCGUAUGCUACGUAUUUCAAGCUGUUGUCAAACCAACACGAAGCAGUGGUAGAAAGCUUCCAACAAUACUACAGGCACAAUUUGACGUCUGUUGUCUAUUGCAAACCUACGACGAGUAUAUUGAAGAUCUCCGUGCGCUGCGACAGGAAUGCGAAACAGCAAAAGUUCAAAUGACUCCACGCAUUUAUGCUAUAGGCAGCAUUGAACACAUUGAAGCAUUCUAUGUCGUAACCGGAAAGUUUGAGUAUAAAUUGCCGUGUCUUUUGCGUAGCCUGGAUGUCAUCAUCAAGCUGAAGCAGCAUUGCGAAUUUUAA